AGACCUGUGAGUUUGCCCGAUCAGACAGUUUUGAUAUCUCUCUCUCUCACACACACACACACACACACACACACACACAGUGAGCUAGAUAUAUGCUGUGUAAGGUUACAGACUCGCUGUUCAUCAGCAAUGCGCGCUCAGCCUGCAGUGAUGAGCUUCUCCAGAAGGAGGCAGUGACUCUCUGUAUCAACGUGUCCAGGCAGCAGCCCUGUCCUUCAGCACGUGUCAGCACUCUGCGCGUGCCCGUUUACGACGACCCCAACGAGGACCUGCACGCGCACUUCGAUCGCUGCGCUGACGUCAUACUCCGUGAAGCUGCGCGCGGCGGCCGCACGGUCAUCUACUGCAAAAAUGGCCGCAGUCGCUCUGCCACAAUAUGUAUCGCCUACCUCAUGAAGCAUCAGAGCUUGUCCUUAACCGAAGCGUAUGAGGUGGUGAAAAAAGCUCGUUCAGUGGUGGACCCAAACCCAGGCUUUAGGGCCCAACUGGAGCGAUACGAGCAGGAGCUGAAGACCAGGAGGUCAGAAAGCAGCAGUCUGAAUAUCUUGCCAUCUUAAAACAAACAAACAACAAGCUCGUCAUCGAGGCUCCUGUUGAUCUUAUUUCAUUUCAAAUUGAU